CGGAAGAGUUUGUGGCAUAAACUGUGUGGCGGCAUCGGAAUCCGUUCUCAUAACACGCUUCUUAUUGGAAUUCCCUCAGGGUAGUCUGUCUGUCAUGUUCAAAGAACACAACUGUUCACGGUAAGGACCAGUUACUUCAGGGACAUUCCAUACCUGUUAAUCUUUUUGCCACGAGCUCAGGUUUGUAAAGAGAAUUGCACCUGGGGACACCUGUUCAAAAUGUAAUUAAAUCCCCCCCCCAACCCUAAAUCCCUGAUAAUUGGGCUUUGUCCGAUAGAAUGUUCUUGGUGUCAGGUGUUAGAUACUGCAAAUUGUGUACAAUUCUGCAAAACACUGCAGGUUAUACACAUUUUAGUGUUGCUACUGUUCUUACAAUUUGCUCCUCAAAUUCGCAAACAGAUUUUUGGAUAGAUUCUGAUGAAAUACACCAUUUAAAAAUAUUUUGUUGAUUUUUUUGGCUUUUGGUAUUUUGAGUGUUAUGGAUUAUUGAAGUUGUGGAUGCUAGAAUUUCCAGACGUCCUAUGUCUGUUUUUGAUAUUGUUUGAUUUUGUUAAGGGGGGGCAUAGACUACUGUAUUUCAGUGAACUGCUCAGGGGUUAUAGUAAUAAAAAAUAACAGCAACAACGGUAAUACUAUUGACAAACAUAACAUGAGCAUUCGUAUAUCAAAAGCGUUACUAUGCCAGCCUCCACACACUUUGUGGAAAGAGCCGAUAGUUGCGCGUGCCUAUUACUUAACUGUGAACUAGAUUGGUUUGCUUAUAUAAUUUCAGGCAAUUAUUUUGGGGUGCCGAGUUUCCAUGACUUUGCGUUGAAAAGUAGGCAGCUAUUGGGGGUACAUUUCCUUGUCAGUGUGUCCUGCUCAAGUGAAAGCGGCUUUUUAUUCGCUAAAAUCAUAGGUGUGUCAGUAGGUGUGUGCGCUCGUUUUUCAGACUGUCACUCAUGUCGUCAUUUCCGACGUGCAUGGAUUGCUUGCUGGCUGAGGAGUGUAGGAUUUUGACAGCAGCAGUGCCGCGGACACGAACGAGGCCGUGUGUGAGGGGGCUAUAUUUUGUCGUCCCUGCCGAUCAGCGCGUUGACAGUCUCCCGGCCAACUGCGACUCCUGAGGAUAUGGCGACUUCGGACCGGGAAACCCAAUGUAAGUCGCGUAACUGAUUCAGAUCCAGGAGGUCCCUGUGCAGCACCAUGGUAGACAUGCAGAGUCAGUUCGGGCCCCCGUCCCCCCUGGAGGACUCUGUCCUGGGCAGUCCGCUCUGCGGGGACCUCAUCGGGGGCAUGGACGACCUGCAGGACAUCUCUCAGUCCAUGGAGGACGACGGCAUCGGCUCCUUCGACCUGCCCGGGUAUCAGUCCUCCAGCUUCGGCUCAGGGUCCGACAGCUCCAACUUAUUUGAUGCCCCCACCCCAGCCUCCAGCCCGUCCUCGGGGAUAUUCGGCGCUGUUGCUGGCCAGGAGGAGGUCACCUCCACCUCCCUGAACCUGGAGUGCCGGGUGUGCGCGGACCGGGCAUCGGGGUACCACUACGGGGUGCACGCCUGCGAGGGCUGCAAGGGCUUCUUCAGGAGGACCAUCCGGCUCAAGCUGAAGUACGGCCGGUGCAAGCUCAGCUGCAAGAUCCAGAAGAAGAACCGCAACAAGUGCCAGUACUGCCGCUUCCAGAAGUGCCUCUCCGUGGGGAUGUCCCACAACGCUAUCCGCUUUGGACGGAUGCCCCAGUCAGAGAAGAUGAAGCUGAAGGCAGAGAUCCAUACAGGGGAGUGGGAGGAGAAGAACCCCCAGGUGGCUGACCAGAAGACCCUGGCCAAGCAGAUCUACGAGGCCUACCUGAAGAACUUCAACAUGAACAAGUCCAAAGCACGGGUCAUUCUGACUGGCAAGACCAGCACACCGCCCUUCGUCAUCCACGACAUGGACACGCUGCGGCUCGCCGAGCGGACCCUGGUGGCCAAGCUGGUGGGCAGCAUGGGCGGCAGCCUGCAGAGCAAGGAGGCCGAGGUCCGGCUCUUCCACUGCUGCCAGUGCUCCUCCGUGGAGACGGUCACCGAGCUCACCGAGUUCGCCAAGUCGGUGCCGGGCUUCUCCGAGCUGGACCUCAACGACCAGGUGACCCUGCUCAAGUACGGCGUCCACGAGGCCAUGUUCGCCAUGCUGGCCUCCUGCAUGAACAAGGACGGGCUGCUGGUCGCCUACGGCAACGGCUUCAUCACCCGCGAGUUCCUCAAGAGCCUGCGGCGGCCCUUCAGCGACAUGAUGGAGCCCAAGUUCCAGUUCGCCAUGAAGUUCAACGCCCUGGAGCUGGACGACAGCGACCUGGCCCUCUUCGUCGCCGCCAUCAUCUGCUGCGGAGACCGGCCGGGCCUGACAAACGUGCAGUACAUCGAGCGCAUGCAGGAGACCAUCGUGCAGGUCCUGCAGCUCCACCUGCUGGCCAACCACCCGGACGACACCUCCCUGCUCCCCCGGCUGCUGCUGAAGCUGGUGGACCUGAGGCAGCUGGUGACGGAGCAUGCCCAGCUGGUGCAGGAGAUCAAGAAGACCGAGGACACGUCCCUGCACCCGCUCCUGCAGGAGAUCUACAGAGACAUGUACUGAGACCAUCCUGCGGGUCCCCAUAAACCAGCACACACACACACACACACACACACACAGGCACACGCACGCGCGCGCGCACACACGGUGCUCUGUCCUCUUACCGACAAGGAGCAUCAGAGAUUCUUGCAGGGAAAUGUGCUUGGACCUUGUCUUUGGUGCAGUGCCUUAUGCCGCUGCGGCAGCGAAUGUGAACCCAGUACAAAAAACACACUAAAGGAUGGAUUUCCCCCCUUUUCCCCAAAAUGUGGACCGAACUUCUUCAGGGAAAGUGGGUGGAUAAUGACAUUAACAGGACUCAACGUUCGCUUCCAGAUACUGUAGUUCAUCUGUAUUCUUCUCUCUAGUACUGGAAGAGAGAGAGAAUGAGGUAAAGGGAGAGCCAGUGACUGGUGCUGUACACACACACACACACACACACACACACACAACCACACCCGCUCACACACACUCACCCAUGGACAUCAUGCAUUAUAGACAUUUACACACACAAGCUAGUCACAAAUACACAGAUCAUACACAUUUUGACACACACACUUACACAAACAAACCACACACACACACAUCUGCCAGCACCUUCACUUAAUCCCCCUCCCCUCAAAAAAAAAGUUUAUUUAUCUUUGAAUGCUUUGUUCCCAGAAAGCUGUCAUAACUAGAAUUGUUAGGUCUGCCGUUUCAAAACCUCGCUUUAGCCAACAGCAUCUAGCCAACAGCUCUCCCCUCAGUUGGUACUCAUGGAAAUGGACACCUGAAAGUAGGGGACAGUCCUUCAUCUUCAACUGCUACUCAUUGUUUUCCUCAUGUUGUCUUGGUUAUGUGAAACCAAGUUCCCUUGUUACGGGAAAAUAAUGGUGAUUAUGUGCCUUAAAAGAACUGCUGGUUUUUGUUCAUUACACAGUAUGCAAUAAAACCGUUCUUUUGUUUUUUGUUUUUUUUUGGUGUGGCAA